AUGUCUACUAAAGUGUCUUUUGAGAAAUUUAAGCAUCAGCUAUUCCGAGAACUGCAUGUAUUAUCAACAGAAUCUAAGCGCAGAAGCACAGAAAUCAAGCAUGCAAGUGACAAAUCGCAGGAGAUCCUGAAGGUCGUGAAUAGUUUCGACGAUCUGCUGCGUCAUCCGGAUUUUGUUUCACCCUUUGUGCUGUCUUGUGCAUCCAGAAAUGCCAAAUUGACAAGCAUUGCCAUGCAAUGUCUCCAAAGAUUAUCUAGCAUCAGAAGCGUUCCAAGCGAGAAACUAGAAGGUGUGCUGAAUGCCUUCAUGGAGUCCACACAUUUGGCCGUUGACAUUCAGCUCAAAGUUUUGCAAAUAAUUCCUAUCUUCUUCAAAACGUACAGUGAUGCCAUUACCGGCCAUCUGUGUGCCAAGCUCUUGUGUUGCUGCUCUAGCCUUCUCCAACAGCCUAAUAAAGCACCUAUGGUCGUUGGAACAGCCAGUGCGACGCUCCAGCAAUUGAUUAGCGACAUCCUCGAUCGAGCCAAUUUGCCAGAAGAAGAGGGAAAAUCGACUUUGAGAGUUGCUGUCAGCAACACAGACUAUGCUACCGUGGGUCCCUUCCGAUAUGAUGCAGAUCAGUUGUUUUUUGAUCUUUGCAGCCUCAAAAGCGGGUCUCAUCAGAAACGAGACAGUGCUCUCAACAUCGAAAGCGUUCCAGAAGACUACGGCCUUGAAAUUUUGGAAAGUGUGCUGAACAAUCACUGUAAGCUCCUUGUAAAUUGUGCUGAUUUACAGUUUAUUUUGAAGACCAAAGCGGUUCCUCUUCUGCUGCGAUCAGUCUCCUCUUCCAAAGAGUUCCCGAUAGUUGUCCGAAGUGCGAGGUGUUUAGUAAUGCUUAUAAGACUCGAAUUCUUGAAAGUGUUGGAGCUCGAGCUUGAAAUUAUACUGUUCUUGCUUAUAAAAAUUAUAAGCAACGAAAUCGAUUCGCCUGUCUGGAAAAAGAUUGUGACACUGGAGGUAUUUCAAAUUAUAUCGAAAAACUUGACUCUAAUGCUGGCCAUAUUUAAAUGUUACGACAGGAAAAAUGAUCGCAGACCCAUCUUGAAAAGCUUGGUUGAAGCUCUUCAAAAUCUUAUGUCAUCCAAUGAGUAUCAAAGCUAUUUGAAAAUCUCUCCCGUGUUAGGUCGGGGGGACAGUCCCAUAAUAUCGCAGGAAACUUCUGUGGCGAAAUUUCCUUUGAUAGAGCUACUUGACAAAUCGAACCCCCCACUAAUAGACCAAACGUAUGGAGUGUAUCUCGUGCUACUGAUUUCAAAUCAAAUCUCCGACGAAAUAGGUUCUCAUGCCGUUUCAAUUAAUCAGAAAGAUCUAGGCGAAAGUGCAACUGACGAUUUCAAACCUUACUACAUCAGCCUUUUCCCCGGUCUUUUUUCCUUGCAUAAAAUGUUUCUCUACUCAACGACGCUGGACACACCUUUGUUUCAUGCAGUGAUAAGAGCAUUUCAAAAGCUUUCGCAUUCUUCUGGAAUACUUGAGGUCAAUGAUAACCUUAGUCAGUGUCUGGAUUUGUUUGGUAUUCUCACCGUGGAAGGCGGUUCUUUAAGCACAGAACCAUCGAGCAGUACAGAGCAGAACGCAAACCCCGCAACAGGUAUGCUUAGUACGAUCAGUGAGUCAAUCAUUGGAAAUGUACAACAAUCUAAAGAAAAUUCAACGGAUCCUAAUGCAAUGUCACGUCCAGUAUACCCCAGAAUGAUAAGCGUGUUCAGAGCUCUAAUAUCACUGUCAACAUCUCUUGGUUCGAAUUUUGCUCCAGAGCACUGGGCAAGCGUUCUAAAGACAUGGCAAUGGAUGUCGUAUUUUCUACAAAGCUCUCCUCGAGAUCAAGAAGGAUCUUUGCGAUUCCCACCCACUUCUCACUCUAUUGUCGCUGAUUUGAGCGCUGUUCAAUCGAGCGUAGGAAAGUUUUGUGAGAGUACUCAGAGCUACUCAGAUGCCAGUUUUCAUUGCCUGAUACGCCUCUUGAUUCAAGAGUCAACUAAUUGUCUCAACAUUUCGUCAAAGGAUGGAAUAACCGCAGGGAAUGGACAGAGGACGUCUCCGGGCAAGCUGGCAAGUUGCGCAUACAAUAAAGAUUUCUACAUUUUACAGAUUGGAGAACUGAGCCGUCUGAAUAUAAGUAGAUUGCUCAAAGAGACCGGUGAGCAAACAACUUGGCAGCUCGUUGUCAGCUAUCUUAUAAAAGAGGGUGCCAGUAGAGAAUAUGAAGACAAAGCUUUGAGGUUUUGCUCUGUUGGUGUUCUCAAUGAUGUUAUAGCUGAAGCUGCAAGGAUAGUUGGAGAGCUUGGCUCUGAUAUGGGCAAUGAACCCGAAGCGACAGAGAUUAGAUUACUACGUGCGUUGGCCGAUUUGGCGCAAAAAGUAAUCGCACUUGAUCGCAAACGGGAAGCCGUUCAAAAUGGUUCGAUAGAUACAGAGUGCACUAUUCUAUUGCAAGUGCUGCGUACUUUGAAAGCACUUUUGGACGUGUUCGGAGAUUCAUUGAGGGGUUCGUGGGACAUUGUUUUCAAAAUAAUCAACUCACCUUUCGAGAUCAUUGAAAAGGACACUGUCCUUGAUUCCUCGAUUCUUGAAGAAGACAAUUCAAUUUUGGAUGUCAUUUCUUCAAGGCAUAAAGAGAUGAUACAGGUUUCAUUUGAUGUCUUCAAAUUGAUAUUCGAUGAUUUUUUGCAGACAUUACCGGCUGGGGUUCAGAAAGAUGUCAUCGACACUUUGCUGAAUUUUGUGAGACAAAAUCGGGACCUAAAUAUCUCUUUUUCGUCAAUAAGCCAGUUUUGGCUCAUUGGUGACUACGUGAGAAGUUGUGUUUCACGGAACAAGAAGAACUUCACCGAUCAACAGAGAAAAAAUUAUGCUGAAGAUGUUGAACAAGGGAAGCUAGUGGAUAUAAUCUCAAAUGGGAACAGCGAACCAUACGGACUGUUCAACAGUCUAUGGAUCUAUCUUCUCAAAAAAUUGGUCGAGUGUACGAAUGAUUCACGGGUGGAGGUUAAGAAUGGUGCUAUUCAAACAUUUUUCAGGAUAGUUGACUCUCACUCUGCUUCAUUCCCCCCUUGGAAUUUGGUGAUAAAGGAGGUCUUGAAACCUCUGCUGGAACAGCGGCUCGAGUUCGAUGAGUAUCUAAGGAGCACAGAAUUCAUAAAUCUGACAUUAAGAGGCUUGAUACAGAUGUACUCCAUGUAUUUCACGACUUUCUCCGGUACUGAUAGUUUCACUCAAGCAUGGGAACUGCUGGUGCGAUACAUAGAAGAUCUGAUGGUUCUUCCAUCAUUCGAAGUGUCGUUCGUUGUUCUCAACAAUUUGAAAACGAUGCUAGAGGCCAUGGUUAAAAUGAUUAAUAUCCCAGACUCGAUUCUUUUAGAGUUAUAUGAUACAUGGUGCGGCUACAACAUGGUGUACGCAGAUUCUUCAAAAUCGUCCGAAUUUAAAAGGAAAACAAAUUACGAAUGCAUCGAAGAGCUUCUUAGUUGCUAUCCUUUUCUGCAUCAAAUUUUGAACCGGCAGGGCUUGUUAAACGCUUCCCGAGUGGAAGCAAUUUUAAGUGUCGUGAACUCGGCCGCCCGUUAUCCAUUACUGCCUGAAUUUUCAUUUGAUGACCAAAAGCCGUCGUCCUUACAACAGGCGGCUCUGGCAUCAAUCAAACUAUUUGAAACGAAACAACCGCUAGAAAUAGAGGUACUCAUCCUAAAUCAAAUGAGCAUUUUAGUUGAGCUUCCAUUCGAGACAAAGAACAGGAUAGAAUCCAAGCUGGGGCCGCGAUUAGGAACGACGUCCAGAAAAAGAAUUCCUACGUUUGAAGCUCUCAGUUAUGCGGUUUGUGAAAAUUUUAACAUGCGAUUGAUGAGCCUUGAUCAUGUCGAUGCCGAGUUUAUUUGCUCCAAGAGGCUACCUAGACUCAUGAAAAAUCUCAGCGCUCCAAUUUUGCGCAAGUCCCUCAUUGGAAAUAAAGAGGGAAAAAUUCCUGCGUUGUGGACUCUUGCUUCUCGGUGCUUCUAUUUACUUGCGGUGAAGAUACUCUCAUCUUUGAAGGAUCCGCGUGUCGAGAAGGAGGUUCCUGACGAUGCCAAAGAGUCCUUCUUUGAGCUCCUAAUCAGUGUCGCCGUUACGCCUCUCAAAAGAAUUGAUCUUGAGACUGAUGCCCUGACAGAGCCUUGCGAUAUCGAGGAGUAUAAGCGCUACCUUGACAUUUUGUUACGAAACUUAGGGCCUGAUUUUCCAAGAAAGGCACAUAUCGAGAAAUUUGUAUCUGCGGUUUGGUCAGCAUCAUUUUUCAACGAGGUUGAUGAUAUUGAGGAUUCUAUCAUCACUGAAAGUGACUCACUCCUUGAGUUAUCCGCGAGAUUGGCCGACUUCCCAUUUGAUGAUAUUCUGGGAUCUACGAGGGAGCAGACUUUGUUGAGUAAGUAUAAAACAGCCUCGCUUUGCCUCCAAGAUUUAAUGGAGCUCACAAGGUUUGAGGGACCCAGAGGAGAGAAAUUGCGACCAGUUUGCGUUCCUUUUUUGGUGGCACGGUACGCUUUUAUUCUGCGCCGCUACAUUUCGGACGUAAUACUUCAGAAUCGUAAACCGAUAGCCAAAAACAGGAAAACGGAGGUCUUUUUAGUUCUAUGCGGUCUAAGAGACAUUCUCUCUACAGUUUCUCAAGAGUCACCCAUCGCGGAUUCUGAGGCAAUCAUUGAAUCGUUGAAAGCCCUCUAUCCCUUGGUUUUGAAGACCAUUCCAGCUUCUCAUAAAAUAGCCGGACUACAGGCAAUAGUUCAAGAACUAUCUCUCGAGUUCACAAAACUUCUGAAGUAA